CCCCCGAGGCGAGGGGCGGCCGCCAGGGCCCCGCGCGUCAGGGCUGGCGGCGGAAGGGCGCUCCGCCCCGGAAGCGGUAGGGGCGGCGGCUUACCUCCGGCGUGAGGCGGCGAUGGCGCCGGGCGAGGCGGGCCGGGCGGCGGGCCCUAGGGGCGGCGGGCUGUCGGCGCCGCGGCUGGUGCUGGCGGCGCGGCGGGGGCUGGGGGAAGCGGGCGGGCGGCGGCUGGCGGCGGCCCGCGCCCUGCAGCUGGCUGGGGAGGUGCUGGCGGUGGCGGCGGGGCUGAAGCCGGCCUUGCUCUACGACUGCGGGGUGGCGGGGGCUGAGCAGUUGCGGGACUACCUGGGGCGGCUGCGGGAGGCCGGCCUGGCCGCCGGCCGCCUGCACCUGCUGAGCGUGGCGGGCAGCGUGCUGGUGCUGCACCCGGGGCGCGCGGCCCGGCGCCUCGAGGCCGUGCUGCAGGCCCAGCCCGCGCCCUUUGUGGACGUGUCUGUGGCCCGGGCGCAGCCGGAGCUCUGCGGGACCUUGGCAGCGCACACCAUCAGGGGCCACCUCUCGGCUCUCCUGGCACACCUCAAGGCUGCAGAAACUGCCGCCGGCCCCAUAUCUUGCAGUGAGGUUUGCUCUGCUGACUGGAACCUCUGCACCGUUUUUGGGGUGCUCCUGGGCUACCCGGUUGCCUACACCUUCACAGUGGAGGACGGCUUUGAGAACUGCUUGGCGUUGACGCCGCUGAGAGUUUUCACCAUCCGGGCUUCCUGCCACAGGAUAAGAGACGAUCUCACGGUCCAGAUUUAUUCCUUCAGCAUCCCAGAAAACCUCUAUCCUGAGAUGAAGGAGGUGGUGGAUGCCUGGUGCGACAACCUGAAGGACAGUUUCAGUACUCAGGAUGAUUUUGCAGAUCUCUGCAUUUCAAGUGAGGUGGUUACUCUUACAGCAGUUGCCUUGUAAGACUGAGUUUGUACUUAAUCCAUUUCUCACCUGUAUUAGGGACUGAGGUGAGAAAAACAGUGCCCACCCGAGUGGUGAACAUCCCCCUGAAUUUAUCUCAGGAAGCCCCUGAAAUUGUAGAUCUCCAUCUCCCUUCAACAUAAACUGAAGCACCAAAGAAUAAAUCAUAGCUAUCUUGGGCCUCUGACCUCUUAGGCCAUUUGCAAAUUAAAUACGUGCAUUUCCUAGAGGACCGGUGUAUGAAUGUGUGUGUGUACAGCUGCUUUACAGUCUGGAUCAUGACUGCACACUUUUUUUUUUUUUUAAAAAAAAAGCAAUUCUUUUGCAGUAGCACUCCAGACAUUCCCCCAAUUGCUCAUGGAGGGAAUUCCUGUGCAGGGCACUGGAAGCCAUGGGUUUCUGCCCUUUUUUUCCCCACUGAAUCCAUUUGUGUGCCUCACCUGUAAAAUCAGGAUAUUUAUUGCGAACAAUUGAAGGUUAAUAAAAUUGUUACAUCACAUUA